UGUGAACUCCAGCUGUGGCAAGAACUCGGAGUCGGAGUUGAAGGUGGUUGAAGGAUUGCUGGUUGCUGGUCAAAAGCUGGAAAAGUGUCACUGUUGUGGUGGCGCUCACGAAGUGUGGCAGGGGGCAAGCAAAAGUUUUGAGUGUCUCGGAUAGCUACCAUCUUUUCAAGGAAAGAGGCAACCAAGCAUUGCGAGGGAAUGCAUUGCGAGGCAACGUAUUGAUUAAUUUGCCGCGUCACAGCAAAACCCACAUCUGCAAUCAACAUGGAUUCUUCCGAUGAUGUUGGAAGCAUCAAGGCAUUCCUGCAAAACUGCAGUGAGUCAGCCGGGCAGGCCUACAACAACUUCAAAGGUCUCCUGCAAAAGCUGGAGGAUCCUCAAUCCAGAGUUGCGACCCGAGUCUUCCUGGAUGCAGUAUACAAGUAUGUGCAGAAAGAGGAGGCUGGGAUUGACAGCCUCGCUAAGUACCACUUCAGGCUCCAUGAGCUGGCCCUCUGCUAUGAGGGUUGGGAGCAUGAAGCUGAAAGGCAGAAGUUGCAGCUGCUGGAGCUCCCUGGAAUCUUCAUCCCAGAGGAGUGGUCCUUCACCUUCUUUGAGGGGCUUUCGCGCUACCCUGAGAGCGAGUUCCGGGACAGAGACGUCUGCGAACUCGGGUGUGGCAAUGGCUGGGUCAGUCUGGCCCUAGCUGAGCGGUGGUCCCCCAGGAAGGUUAUUGGCCUGGAUAUCAACCCGCGCGCCAUCAAGUGCGCUCAAAUCAACCUGUUCCUCAACGCACUGAACCCUGACGGCAGCCCCUGCCUCGACUCCGAGGGCAAGUCCCUGCUGGACCGCGUCGAGUUCCACGUCAGCGACCUGCUGGCUCACUGCAUUGAGAACAAGAUCGUCCUGGACCGGAUCGUUGGUUGCAUCCCUCAAAUCUUGAACCCCGAUCCGGCCGCAAUGUCGAAGUUGGUCGUUGAGAACGCGAGCGAGGAGUUCCUCUACUCCCUCAGCAACUACUGCAGUAUGCAGGGGUUCGUGGAGGACCAGUUUGGUCUCGGGCUGAUUGCCCGCGCCUUGGAGGAGUCGAUCCAGGUAAUCAAGCCGGCAGGCUCCAUCAUAAUGAACAUGGGCGGCCGACCGGGGCAAGCGGUCCUAGAGCGGCUCUACCGGCGCAGGGGGUUCAACAUACGCAAGGUCUGGCAAACCCGCGUAGGCCAGGCGGCUGACACCGACAUCCUGGCGCUGGUAGAGAUCGAGCGCAACAGCCGCCACAAGUUCGAGUUCUUCAUGGGCCCCGUGGGGGUGGACCAGCCAAUCAGCGCCAAGACGGCAUAUGCCUUUGCAAAGUCCGGGGGCAAGAUCUACCACGGUCUCAGCGUGUUCGAGGCGAGGAUGCGUCAGCCCAACCAGGUGAAGCGCAUCUUCCAGUUCCUGUCCGACCCCGACUUCUCGGACACCCGCAGCGCGCUCGACCUGUCUUUCUCGUCCGAAGCCGUCGCGGACGAGAAGAUUGCGUUCCUCGCGCACCUCGCCAAGUACCUCCAAACCUCUCCAAACUUCCCGUACGAACAGGCCGCGGGGUCCGACACGUUCCGGAACCACCUCGCGACCUUCCUCCGCCUCUACUUCCGGGUUCCGCUAACCCAGGAUAACCUGGUUAUCGCCCCUUCCCGGCCGGUGCUAAUCGAAAACGUGAUUACGAUUUACGCGCCAAGGUUGGCGCUCGUUGACGCGAGUUUGACGGCGGGCCUGCCGCGGAAGUGGCUCGCGACCGAGCCGCCAAAGGAGGGCGGGGCAAGGCAGAGUCUAGAAUCGGGCCCGGUCGUGAUUGAGGCGCCCUCCAGGGCGGACCUGGUUCUGAAGCUCGUCAAGGCGCUGAAGCCGGAGCUGGUGGUCGUGGCACUCCCCGAGUUCGAGGUUCGGACGGCGACCGCGUUCGAGCAGCUUUUGGACGCGACUGCGGACGUGGGCGCCCGGUUGAUGGUCGACUUGAGCGACCACUUGGACCUCUCCAGUCUCCCUGGGGCCAACGGCGUGCUCGAGUUUAUGGCCUCGAAGCCGCUACCUGCACAUGCCGCCAUCAUUUGCGGCCUGGUCAAGAACCAGGUGUACUCGGACCUCCGUGUUGCUUUCGCCAUCUCCGAGAACCUCGACUUCCUGAAGGGCCUCACCUGUGCUGGCGAGCUGACCUUCAACCGAUCGCCCAUUUUGGCGCAGCUGUAUUACCAGGACCUCCUCCACGAGCUGCUCGCCUUCCAGAUCCCCGACCGCCGCUCCCUCCACGUCCGGCCCCCAGCCCCUGAGUCCGACGCCGUCCGAUCCCAAUUCAUCGGCUUCACCGCCAGCGCCCUCCGCGCCUUUUCACACCCGUCGCUCCAGCACCUGGAGCCUCUUCCCACCCUCGAACCCGUGCCCAUGAACAUGGGUGAGAACCGGCUCCCGACGCCGACGCCCGUGAAGCGCUUCGCGUUCGAGAGCUUCGCCCGGCAGAACAUCUCGGACGCGGAGUCGGACCCGCGGCCGGAGAUUUUGGCGAUCCUGCUGCAGCGGUUGGGUGCGCGCCCUGAGCACGCCUACGAGGUGCAUCUCGGGGACGGAGUCGCGCCUCUAGUUGCGCGGCUGCUGGCGGCGUGCGCGGAGGAGGGCGGGACGCUCUUGUACCCCAGUGGCAUGUAUGGAGCCCUCACUGCUACGGCUCAGCUGUACAACGCGAAGGCAUCGGCGAUCAAAACGGACGUCGCCGACCUUUUCAAGCUCACCCCGGACCAACUCCGCUCAGCCCUCGCCACGCACCACCACAAACCCUGGCUCGCUCUAGUUGCCCCGACCGUGAACCCCACGGGGGCGAUUUACACCCCCUUGGAGCUGCUCGAGAUACUGACAGUGGCCAAGGCGCACGGCGUCAAGGUGCUUAUUGACACCACCUUCUCCGGGCUGAAUUUCGAGCCUGCCGUGAGCACGCCCCGGGGGCCUGGGGCUGGUGUGAACGCGGCCCUUGGGCUGGGGGCGCUUUUGGAGCCGGCGGGAGGGUAUGCGGUCGCAGUGCUGGGGGGCAUUGCGAAGGAGUUCUCGGCGGGUGGAUUGAGGUUUGGCUACGCCGUGACGCAGGACCCUUUCCUGUCGGACGCCCUGAAACAGGGCGUUCAAAGCAGCCCCCAUCAGACGCUUCUCUACGCUGCCAAGAAAAUCCUGGCUGCCCGCGUGAAUGCGGAUGAGCCCAUCACGAGCCAAUUGGCACAGCAAAGGCGGCUUCUGCAGGAGCGAGUUCAGAAAUUCUCCCAGCUACUGACCAAGUCCGGAUGGGAGGUCCUACUUCCGCACGGGGGCCUCUUCUUGAUUGCCAAGCCGGCAGCCCACCUCGGGAAACCGUUCUCAUACAAGACGCCGACCGGCGUCAAGACUGUACAACUAGACGCGGACAACAUCCGAGAGGCCCUGUACUAUACGACCGGCAUCCUAGUCAAUAGCAGCUCGUGGAUGAGCCUCGACAAUUACUGUAGGUUCGUGCUGAGCAUAGAGGAGGAGAAGUUCCAGCGGGUCGCCGGGCUCAUGGAGAAGUUUGUAUCGUGUAAAGAAUGAGCACUUCCAACUUGCGGCACUUGCUCGAUCAUGAACACCGCCGACUGAUUGGUAGAACGGAAUCGCUGGCCGGAAGGAGGAGUGAACUUGAUUGGAGGCUCUGGCUCGAAUCUUUUAUCCAGGCACUGUUGCAGGUACUUCGGAGGAUAUGCCCAAGAGGGCACACUUUAUAUUCUGUUGGCUUCGACCAACUCAACGGUGU